AUGUCAAAAAGAAGUGCUGUUUGGAAAUAUUUUGAGAAAAAUAAUGACGGAACAUCGACAUGUGUAUUAUGCUAUAAGAAACUUAAGACAUCAGGUAACACCACAAAUUUAAAUGGACACCUAAAUAGUAUGCAUAAGUCAAUUAUUAAUCAAAAAACACAUGAUAGUAAUAAACAAGACGUAGCUGAUGAUCCAGGUGAGGCUAUUAAUACUAGUGUUCCGAAUACAGAUAAUGUCAUUACAUUGCCACCUCCCUAUCAAAAUUUUAAACGUCAAACAAACAUAAAACAAUCAUUCAAUAACAUAUCAACAUAUACUGAAGGUGGAGUUAAAGACAGCAAAAUAACAAAUUUAAUUGUUUAUAUGAUUUCAAAAUAUAACCAACCCAUUUCUAUAGUAGAAGAUAAAGACAUUUGGACAGAUAUACAAACACGUAGUUAUUUAGGUAUCACCGUUCACUUUGCUAAUACCUCCACGUUCACAUUAAAAUCUGGUAUACUUGGAGUUUAUGACCUAAGUGAAAGACAUACAUCAGAUUAUAUAGCAGUUAAAUUAAAAGAAGCCUGCUUUGAAUGGGAAAUUCCUAUGAAAUCGGUCACUGCUGUAAUUACAGAUGGAGCAGCAAACAUGACAAAAUCUAUAGAAUUAGCUUUUGGAAGAAAUCAUCAAAUUCCUUGUUUUGCUCAUACAAUUAAUUUAAUAGCAGAAAGAUCACUGUCAAAUGUAGCUGAAUUGACAAAAUUAAUUUCAAAUGUUAAAUCAAUUGUUACCUGGUUUAAGCACAGUGUGGUUGGAAGCGAUGAUUUAAGAAAAUUGACAGGCGGGGAUGGUAAAUUAAUCCAAGAAGUUUCCACUCGUUGGAACAGCACAUUCUACAUGUUACAACGAUUUAUAUCUCUACGCCCAUUUGUAAAUGAAAUAUUAAAUAAGAACAUUAAAGCACCUGAAAUGAUAUCUGCACAAAGUGUAUUAGAUAUUACAGAAGUGAUAGAAGCAACAAGAGAGUUGUGUGUUGAAUUUUAUGUCACUAGUAGUAUAUACUUUAAAUCAUCUAUAGCAUUAUCCCGAGCUCUAAGUAUAAUAUCCGAUACAUUGAAAACAUCAACAGAUCAAGUAGAAAGUAUUCCAGAACCAGAUUUAACAGACCAAGAACAGAAUACAUCUGAUGGAUUCAGCUUAUGGGAUAAUCAUAACGGCUUAAUGCAACAAACCAACCAGGAAUGCAUUGAAACGGAAAUUGGAUAUCCUUCAGAGUUGUGCCUAUAUUUAAAAAGCAAUCUAGCAAAUUUAUCAGAGAAACCCUUAGAAGUAUGGCAUAACAUGAGUACUGUCUAUCCAAAUCUAUCUAAACUUGCUAUUAAAUAUCUCUCAAUAGUUGACACCUCUGUGCCCUCAGAAAGGUUAUUUUCUAAAGCCGGGUCAACUUUAAGUACUAAAAGGAAUAGAAUUACAUGCACAUUACAAACAUGUCUUGAUAUUCAACGAGCUUAA